CGGGCCCCCGUGGCUCCUCGGACAGGCAGAUGCUCCCGUCAAUCAUCCGGGGGGAGGAGGGAGCUGAGGCACAUCCCCUGCGCGUGCGUGGGCUCCGGUUCCCACAUCUGGAUGUUCCUCCGGGUCACGCCCACAGCGCCUCCCCCCUCCCUCCCUCCCUCCCCCAGCUGCGGGUCCCUCCCGGAGAUCUGCUCCCAUCAGGCCGCUCGUCGCGUCUUUCUCUCGGGCGGCCGUGCUCGCAGCCGUCCAUGAGUGUCGAAUGCGCCGCGGGUCCAGCAGCGCGCUUCAGCACGAAGAUGGCGUCGGAGGGAGUCGGCGGAGAGCAGCCUCCCCCGGUCCAGACACUGGCAGCCGCCGUGCCGGGGAGCCUGGACGCGAAAUGUGAAUUUAAUAUGGAUAACCUGAGCAAGCCGGAGCUGCUCACCUUGCUAAGUAUCAUGGAAGGGGAGCUGGAGGCCCGGGACCUGGUCAUAGAGGCUUUGAGAGCCCAAAGAAAGGAGGUGUUCCUCCAAGAACGCUAUGGACACUACAGCAUCACCGACCCCUUCCUCGCGCUCCAGAGGGACUUUGAGUGCAGGGUCCCCGGAGGUGAAAACGAGCGCAGGUCCUUGGGGUCCAGUCCCAUCUCGGUACUGGAAGCUGUCAUGGGCCACUGCAGGAAAAUGCAGGAGCGGAUGUCGGCCCAGCUCGCCGCUGCCGAGAGCCGCCAGAAGAAGCUGGAGAUGGAGAAGCUGCAGCUUCAGAGUCUAGAGCAGGAGCACCGCAAGCUGACAGCACAGCUGAAGGACGAGCGUGAGAAGAACAAGAACAUAGUCAUGAUGCUGGUGCGUGAGUGCAAGCAGCUCGCCACCCGAGUGGUAGAGGAGUCUCAGCGCUUCGAUGAGCUCCAGGCGCGCCUGGACGAGGAGAGUCGUUCCUCGGGCAAACUCCAGGAGGAGCUGAACAAUGAGCGCCAGAAGAGCCAACAGAUGGAGGCGAAAAUGGAAAAGCAGCUGUCCGAGUUCGACACGGAGCGCGAGCAGUUGCGUGCGAGGCUAGGUCGGGAGGAGGUGGAGAGCCUGAGCCUCCGGCAGCAGGUGGAGCAGCUCAGAACUGAACGGGGCGACGGAAAGGAUGCCGGUCCGGCUGAGGCGGAAACUGCUGCUACUCCACCCAAACCUAAAGUUCUGACAUCUGUUUCUGUAGCUACAGAGCCUAUUAGCUCCCAAACAGCAUCUUGCCAAACAGACCAGCCCCCUACUGAGAUGGAGGCUCCUAAAAAGACCCCACUGGCUAUUCCGGUCAAGCCAACACCGGCCAACUACGUUGGGCUGAGCUUGCCAAAGACGUCUGGCCGGGGAAUCGUCCACAGUAGCUCGGGAGGACAGGCACAGACAGAGAAUGGCACCGAGGGACAAGCCUCCCACGGUUUACCCUCUGGGGUCAGCCCCCGUGUUCAGGCAGCCCGGUACAAGUUCCAGGAUCAGGAUCAAAACGGUACCUCAUCCCAGAGUCCUCCAGCUCGAGACCUCUCUCCCACCAACCGGGACAACUUUGCCGCCAGGCAGCAAGCGCGUCACACCGUCACACAGGUCCUGUCCCGCUUCACAAGCCCCCCAGCAGGAGGGGCUGUUCCACUGCGUCCGGGGCUGCCCCACUCGGCCUCGGAGGGGGGGCCUUUUCCUGGGCGCCUGAACCAUCCUAUUGGUCUGAAGUCGCCCACGGUCACCAGGAUCGACAGAGGAAACCCUCCCCCUAUACCUCCCAAAAAGCCAGGGCUUAGCCAGACCCCCUCUCCUCCUCACCCACCCAUCAAGGUGGUGGGGGACAGCAGCCGGUCCCCCGGGGCUGUGCUGAAACCAGCCACGCCCCAGCUGCCACCCAAACCUGCCCUGGACCUGGUACCAGCCCUGACAGCUUCUCAGGUGGGUCCCUGCCCUGCUGCCCAUCCCGAUCGGGGCCCGCCGCAGCCAUCGGCAGCAUGUGCACAGUGUCCGCCAGUCAUCAGUCCUGCCACCGUAGCUAGUCGCCCCUUGUCCAUAAACCCUCCCCCCACCUCCUCCUCCUCCAUUAGUGCUCCAUCCACCCAUAGUCCUUGUUCCUCCGCAGGCAGCCUCCUGGCAACAGCAUCAGGCUGGUGGCCCUCCGUAGUCCCCUCUCUUAGUGGCAGUGGGCCUGCUGCCCUGGACAGCGGGCUUUCUCUGCUUCUCCAAGCUGCUUCCCAGGGAAAUGUCACUUUAUUGUCAAUGCUGCUUAACCAACCAGACUCGACCACCAACAUCACCACCACCAACACCUCAUCCACCAUCAUCACCUCUAGCGCUGGCAUGGACAACAAGCCAAAUCAUCUUGCCCUUGAAGACCACUUCAACAUGAACCAAAACUCUGCUUUGUGUGUUGCUGCCUGUAAUGGACACAAGGAGUGCGUGAAGCUGCUGCUGUCUUCAGGAUUUUCUGCUGAUAUUUCACAUGAAAAUGGAUUUACACCCUUACACUUUGCUGCUGCCAAUGGACACACAUGCUGUGUGGAGGAGCUGCUGGCUGCAGGCGCUGCUGUGGACGCCGUGGCUGCAGACGGACAGACCUCCCUCUAUGUGGCCUGUGAGGCAGGAUGGCUGGACUGCACCCGGGCCCUGCUGGACGCCGGAGCCGAUCGCUCAUUGGCGACCACGGAUGGCUGCACGCCCCUGCAUGCUGCCGUGCGCUCAGGACACGUGGAAGUGCUGCGGCUCCUCCUCUGCCACAAAGGUCCCAGCGACCCUCCUGCUUCGCCCCACUUCCUGGCCCUUCCUGCCGCGCUGCUGAACCAGGCCAACAGGGACGGCUGGACCGCUGCACACAUGGCCGCUGUGCUGGGCCUGAAGGACUGUCUGGAGGUGAUGUGCAGCCAUUCUGAACAAGACAUUGAGAGAAAGGACAAAUGCAACCGGACAAUUCAUGAUGUGGCAACUGACGACUGCAAAGAGCUGCUGGAAACCCUGCAUUCAUACCGAGUUCUGGUGCUUCUCCGGAGUCCCAGAGGAGGACGUGGCUCCAUGUGUUCUCUGGAAGCCCAGGAGGAAUCCAGCAGCCAUGUUGUUGUUGGAAGAGUGAGCGUCCAUCGAGGGAUGUGCUGGGACGAGCUGAGUGCCGCUCUGAGUCGUAUCUUCACCUCCUACCUCCAGGUCGUCUGUGGGGAGUCUCAGACGGGACAGCUGGAGCAGAACCCCCCACUGGGACUCGGGUUCUCCAGUUUUGCUUCUGUCCUCGUUGGUGACACUGAAUGGCUGCCCGGUCAAGAACCUCCUUUAUCUCCGUGGGAUCUGGUCAGAAAGCCUCUCAGCCAGCAGAUCAGCAUCUGCCUCAAAGGUCUCUCUGAGGCGUGUUUUGAUGAGCUGGCUCUGGAGUCGCUCCUCUCUCUGCCUCUGCUGCAGAACUUCGUCCGCCUGGUGGAGCAGUACGGAAACUUAAUUUUUCAUGGGCUGGAGGGCAGCUGUCAGGAGUACUUUGCUGGUCUGGUGGCUUGCUGCAUCCAGUCCAAACAGGAAGCUGCGGGGGUCGGCUGUGAUGUGGUGAAGGUGGAGGUGAAGGAGGACUUGACCAAAGAGCAGCUGUUGCAGACGUUCAUCAGCUGUGGCUUCCUGGUUCCAGCCGUGGAGUCGGGGCUCAGAAUGACGCCUGUGCAGACGUCUGGCUGUGUGGUGGUCCUCCUGGAGGGUCUGGAGAGGGCAUCAUCCAUGACGGGCCUGCUGGGAGACCUCUGCCACAGCCUGGAGAACAGAGGAUCCACCUCACCUCUGGUCCUGAGCUCAGGCCCGCAUCACUUCAGUGCCAACAGCUUCUUGAUUGCGACGCUGUCGAAGGCGUGUCUGCAGGGCUCGGAGCUCCGCCUCCAACAGCACUUCCGCUGGGUCAGCCUCCGCUGGGAUCAGGAGCCGCUGCACGGCCUGCUGGGAAGGCAUCUCCGCAGGAAGCUUCUUCAUGAGAUAGGGGCAGGAAGUUGGUCAGCGGACGGCGCCAUGGAGCAGACGGUGAUGUGGGUCAGCCAGGUCUGGCAGCGUCUUAAUGCCUGUCUGUCCCGGCUGGGGACCCAUGAGGCUUUGCUGGGCCCACAGCUUUUCCUGUCCUGUCCUGUGGUCCGCAGCAGCUCAGAGGCCGUCGUCAGGUGGCUGGCUCGUCUCUGGAACGCCGUGGUCGUCCCCCGCGUGGAGGAGGCGGUCAUCUCCCGGGUAACCGGCAGGCGCUCCUCCUCCUUUCCUUGCCCUCCUGCAGCGCAGCGCCUUUCUCCUGGCAAGCGCGAUCUGAGCGCCGGACAGCAGGCCGUGGUGAAAGCCACCCUCAGCAUCCUGGUCAACAAGGCUGUGGCGCCGGGCUGCUCCCUCCCCCCACAGGAGAUCAGCCGGUACAUGCUGGAGUUCCAGGGCAGCGCCUUUCCUCUGUCCGCUCUGGGCUCCUGUGAGGACGCUGGAGGAGGAAGGCGACGAGAGCGGAACGCCGGAAAGCUGAGGAGGUCCAACACCAGCCCCAGGAAGAAGCAGGGCCCCUCCCUGAAGUGGAGCGGCGGUGGAUCCUUCCGAGAGAGUUCGUCGUCAGCCAUCUUCCAUACGAAUGGCCUCAGAGAACAUCCUUCGCUGCCAGCUUUCUGUGACAUCGAGACGGAUCUGAUCAGAGAGCUGCAGACCAUGUGCUCCAGCAGGUCCGAGCCAGACAUCAGCAAGAUCUGUUGGGCCAAAGAUGAAGAGCAGCAUCCUCAGCCAGCGGAUCUGGACCCGCUGGCCGUCCGGCAGCCAGAGCAGACGACGAGCAGCGUCCAGCCCAGCUGCAGCCAGAGAACCGGACCUCGAGUCCGGUCGCAGCUUCCUGUCCCGAGCAGCAGGGGGCAGCAGGCACGAGCCUUCGCCGCAUGCAGCAGCAGCAGCAGCGCCGGCGACCAAACCCAGAGGCCCCCCCGCCGCCACAGCAGCAGCAGAGCAGAGCACGGUCGUCCCGGCAACAACAACACCUGUUACAGCAGCAACAUGAACAGCAAGCAGGCUCACCCAGACAUCUGGAUCCUCCACAGAGACCCACACCACAGCAACAACAACCAGUGAACCCCCCCCCAUCACUAUGUGAGCCGCCAUUCAUGAUGUAAAGACUAGGUACCCGAUGACCUUUGACUCUUAGUAUUUGUACUUUGUUACCUGUACUUGUUAAACUGUACUGCAGUUGUGUACUUGGGGACCAUAGUUUUCUUCUAUUACAGUAUUUGAAUAAUGUGAUUCUUCUGAGGUGAAGACACUGUAAUGUGGGCGGGGACAGGGCAACAGAGACGGAGCAGCAGCUUUUUCUUUCUUUUUGUUUUUACUGUUGCCUUAACUGCAGUUUUUGAACCUGUAUUUUUAUUAGACAGUAUUCUGGUCUCGUCUUAGAACUCUCUGGAGUUAGAGAUGGCUUCUAAACUAUUAACCUGGUGGAAACUGCUUGAAGACACUCCUAGCACAGUAUUCUGUUCAGUUCAAGUGAAACCGUGUUCUCGUUCUCUCAGUAUAGGAGUCGCUAAAUAUUGUUUUUAGAUCAAACGCGAUGAAAACUGUUUCUUUUUUUGUUUUUUGCUGUUAAGUACUUUGAGAUAUUCAAGUGUUUUUGCAAAUAGUUGCAAGGUGGGUUCAAAUAUUGUUGAAAUAAAUCAGGGUUCUACCAAAUCUAAUUGUAAAUAAGAGUCGCUAAACACUAUAGAUUGUUGUAUGUGGCGUGACACUUGUACAGUAAUGAAACCUGGAAGCAAAAGAAAAAAAAAA